AUGUGCGCUGAUGCAUGGCAUUUCCGGGUGCAGGAUGGCUUUGAGAAGCUCAACCUGCCAGGGGAUGCGCUGCGGGGGCGGAUCAGGAUCCAGUACGUGGACAGCUUUGGGGAGGUUGAGGCUGGGGUGGAUGGCGGCGGCCUCUUCAAAGACUUCAUGGAGAACCUCAUCAAGGAGGGGUUUGACCCGCGAAUAGGCCUGUUCAAGGCCACGCCCGACCAGAAGCUCUACCCCAAUCCUGCCGCCGCCACUGUGGAGCCGAACGCCUUUGCCCUCUUCGAGUUCAUGGGCAAGAUGGUCGGCAAGGCCCUGUAUGAGGGUAUCCUCCUCGAGGUGCCGCUGGCGGGCUUCUUCCUGAAGAAGCUGCUACGGCGCGGCUGCGACCUAAAUGACCUCCCCUCGCUGGACGCCGAGCUGUACCGCCAACUGCUGUUCCUGCGCGACUACGAUGGCGACGUGGAAGACCUCGCCCUCACCUUCACCGUCACAGACUCCGACUUCGGCACCAACCGAGAGAUUGAGCUGGUGCCGGGAUCGCGGGAGCGGGCGGUGACGGACGGCAACCGGCUGGAGUACAUCCACCGCGUGGCCAACUUCCGGCUGAACGUGCAGAUCAAGCGCGCCACCGACGCCUUCCGCCGCGGCCUCGAGGACGUCAUUGCGCGCGAAUGGAUCACCAUGUUCAACGAGGCCGAGCUCCAGGCUCUCAUAGGAGGCGGCGACCACCAGGGCCUGGACUUGGAGGACAUGAAGCAACAUGUCAACUAUGCAGGCGGCUACGGCACAGAUCAUCCAGUCAUCCUGGAGUUCUGGAGGGCCCUGCAGGACUUCACGCCAGAGCAGCAGAAGGCUUUCCUGCGCUUUGUGACAUCCUGCAGCCGGCCGCCGCUCCUCGGCUUCCAAUACCUUGACCCAAAAUUAUGUAUCCAGAUGGCAGGAUCGGUGUUGGAUGAGGCUGCACAGGAGCGACUGCCUUCAGCUUCCACCUGCAUCAACCUGCUCAAGCUCCCACCAUACCGCUCAGCAACAGCCAUCCGCGACAAGCUGCUGUACGCUGUCAAGAAUGUUGCCGGCUUUGACCUGAGCUGAACAGCCAGCUCAGCUGGGGCCAUGCAGGCAUCAGAGUCUGAAUAUGUAGAGAAUUCCACUGGCAGCCAGUCUGGAAUAAUAGUCAAGUGGCGAAGUGGCCUCAGUCAGAGGUCGGCCUGAGACUCCUGGCAAGGAUAAGAUCACACCUCUCGCGUAGAAGCUUUAGCCUUGCUCAGGCAGAAUUGUCCUGUGAAACAAGAUGUUGUGCCAUCUAGAAACUCCCGUUCACCAGAAACACGCUGAACAUGGCCUUUAAGGCUGUUCAAAUGUAUAAGAUAUGCUGGAAUUCUUGCAGAUUCUAUGCAUGCAAUUUGUGCUAAGCGCAUCAACUAGACAGAAAUGAUGUCGGUGAUGUUCUCAUCAGUGAUCAUCACAUGCAUGAUGCAUGUAAUAAUAUGGCCUGCGGAGC